AUGGACUCCAUCGGUCUAAACACCAUGACCAUUGCUCAAUUUGGCACCUCGCGACAUCCGUUUCUUGGAGUGGCCGUGAUUUUCUCAAUCCUAGUUCUGCUCGCCAAAAAGAUAUUAAGCCCAGGCACCAGGCGUUUCCUCAACGACAAUGGCAGGCCAAUGAAGGAGCUAAAGAUUAAGGAUCUCCGAUACAAGUUACUGAAAAGUUCCCAAAUAUCGAACGAUGGCCAAGCUCUGGCGGGCAGCGAACCAUAUUUGCUUCGAUCGGGGAAAUACAAGGAGGUUGUGAUCAGUCAACCGGAACAUAUUCACGAAUUCUAUCGUAGUGAUUACAAAGAGCUAUUUGGAAGAUUCAUGGGUACUGCAGUCGGCCUUCGGUACGGCGAAGAAUGGCGCAAAAUCCGCCAGUGGUUUGAUCCACCGUUUAAAUUCCAUGAGGCUGCGCGACAGAUCGGCCGGUUUGAAAGGGAGAUCGAUCUUUGGCUGGUAGACCUCAGUCGGUCGUCUUCUUCGAAAAUCGAUACUAGAACUGCGUUCAAGUUUCUCGUGUUCCGACUUUUAUUGGUUCAUCUCUAUCGAGACGCCUUUGAUGAUCGACUCUACUGGCAAAUGGUCGAGCUCAGUGCCCUACACGACGAAGUUGUGCACGAUAUCAUGAUCUCGAGAAGUCACGAUUCGAGAAUCCACAGCUUGUUCCCAACCUCUUCCCGUAAGCGUGUGGACAAGUUUCUUUCGACGUGGAGAGCUUUGAAUCGUGAAAUCAUAGAAAACGCUCGGGUGGGAGGUUGGGACUGCCCGGUUGAGGCCAUUGCACGCGGAGCCGACGAGUCGCACGAUAUGACUGAGCAAGAUUUCCUAUCGACAAUGGGCGAGAUACUCUUUGCYAACGUGGAUGUGAGCGCCUCGGUCCUAAGUACUGUCUUCACCAAUCUGGCUGCCAACAAAUCCGUCCAAGAUGACUUGCGCUCUGAGAUCAAAGCCUACAGAUCCGAGAGUCAUGGCGAUAUGACUCAAUAUCUCACUGACGCCAAAAGUAUCCUCCAUCGAGUUGUCAUGGAGGGUAUGAGGCUCAGUYYAGCUUUUUGGUUUUCCAUGCCGGAAGAUACAGCGGAAGACAAAUCCAUCAGUGGCUACCAUAUCCCCGCUAAAACCACGGUCAUCAUUGACAAUCGCCGCUUGAACGAAGAAGCAAUCACAUGGGGUCCGGACGGUGAAAACUUUCGUCCAGAUCGCUUUCUCGAGGUGGCACCGGCUGCUUUGCGAUGUGGUUUCAUGCGCUUUGGUACUGGCGCAGCUUCUGGACGGUGUAUGGGUAAGAAUGUCGCCGAUGUUCUGUUUAAGCUUACGAUUGUUGCUGUUGUGGAACGGUUUACGUUGGAACCUCUUGGAACUACUACCGUGAAAGCUGGGUUUAUGGGUUCUGGGAAGGAGGCGCCUGAUGUUCGUUUUACUAAGUUGUAG